CCUUUGUUGGGUUUUUUCUUUUCAUUAUUGGGAGGAGGAAAACUGUUCUAUUGUUUGUCCAAGCUUAAAACGGUAAAUUUCUCUGCUUCAAUUGCGCUGCUACUGAGAACACUACAUAUAAAACGCAGAUCAUAAAACUAUAUCAGAAAGAGUCGAAAAUGACUUGCUCCAGCUCCCUGUUGGUUCUGCUGUCGAUGAUGGUGCUGAUGACAGCGCUGCCGUUCGAAGCUCACGCUCAAAUAGUGCGCAACGGCCAUUGCAGGCCCACACCCGUCCGAGUCCCGGCGGGGGGCAUGGUCUGCGAGCGGCAGUGCUACACGCCUGGCGGUCCACCCUUUCUCUGCCGACGCAUACCCCUCACCACUGACCUCCGAAUAUGCAGCGGCACCUGCUGUCGCUCCGGCCCAUACUGUCUGCAGUUGCUGCGAACCUGAUUAGAAAAUACAUAUACAGUACAUAUGUCAAGAAACUCUUU